GCAGUGUAGGCAAGGCACUUCACGGGGAUUUCGAAAUAUCGUCCCUGUCUUUUCUCAAAAUACUUUAGAAUACUCAUCUGCAGUCUUAAUGAUUUUCAAAUCUCACGCAUGGUACAUUUCCGGUAAAUAAUGAAUGAAUAAUAGCUACUUUAGACAUGCAAAUCGAAUGAUCCGUGUGCACAAGCGCUACGUUUCACAACGACGUCUCAACAUCUCCGUGUCCGGCGGCUUAUAUGCACCUUACACCGAGCGGGAGGAAAUGUGAUUGGUACAGAAUCCAGCCGAUUAAGACCGGUCUAAUCAACAAGUUGCUGGGUUUCAUGAGUUUAAUUAAACCCCACACCCUCUGGAUACUGACAGCAAAUCAAUCAUCAGAGCGCACAUGGCAGCCAACAAGAGCAAGGGCCAGAGCUCUCUGGUUCUACACAAGGUCAUCAUGGUGGGAAGCGGAGGAGUGGGCAAAUCAGCACUAACACUGCAGUUCAUGUAUGAUGAGUUUGUUGAAGACUAUGAACCCACUAAAGCAGACAGCUACAGGAAGAAGGUUGUGCUGGAUGGAGAGGAGGUUCAGAUCGAUAUCCUGGACACAGCUGGACAGGAGGACUAUGCAGCCAUCAGAGAUAAUUACUUCCGCAGCGGAGAGGGCUUCCUCCUAGUGUUCUCCAUCACAGAGCAGGAGUCGUUCAGUGCCACCUCUGAGUUCAGGGAGCAGAUCCUGCGUGUGAAGGCAGAGGAGGAUAAGAUUCCUUUGUUGUUAGUCGGAAAUAAAUCUGAUUUGGAGGACAAGAGGCAGGUUUCUGUGACUGGGGCUCGGGAGAAAGCAGAUGAAUGGGGAGUGCAGUAUGUGGAAACCUCAGCGAAAACACGUGCCAACGUUGAUAAGGUAUUUUUUGAUCUAAUGAGGGAGGUUCGGGCUAAGAAGAUGGCUGAGAACAAGGACAAAAAUGGCAAGAAAAGUGGCAAGAAGAAAAAAAGUCUGAAAGAGCGCUGCACAUUGCUUUGAGUCAGAAGAACGUGAAGAGCAAGCUUCUCUCAGCACAAAGCCUUUCUGGUGGACACGGAAAACCCAAAAGCUGUUUUUCCACUAUUGUGGUUAACGUUGCCAAAUCCAGAUAGAGUAAUGAACUGUGAACAGAUGCCAUUGUUCUUCCUUGCUGUAUCUAGUGAGGUUUAUGCAACGGUCAUCCAUUAUGAUUUUCAUAACUGAAUUUAUUUCUUCUUCCAUCAGAGAAAUAUGAUCCAACUAGAUGGACAUUCAUGCAGUUAUUUUGCCAUAUUGUAACAACUUGCUCUCUUGGGCAUUUUAAAGUUGGCAAACUAUCAUUGGUUGUUGGCAGUGUGUGUCAUAUGAAUCACUUACAUACAUAAAAUGUAUGCAGUAAUGUUUGUAGAGUACUCACUUGUUUAUAAUUAGUGCAUUAAUAUUUACCACUACUGUAUUUCAUAUUCUAUUAGCUCAGUACUUUCACACAGUCAGCACUAUGUAAAGAGAUGAACUAUAUAAUUUUAAAUGAACCACACAUAGUUUAGCAACAAUCAUAUUAUGUUAGAUACAUUUGAUCAGUAUGUGUUUUGAUUAGACAAGUCUUUGCUGUUUGAUUCAGCACCUUUAAUGAAAACAAUCUGAACCCUCUUUCCUAACAGAUUCAUAGCAUAGAAAUCAUUGUAAAAGUGGGAAAAUGAGCGUGUAAUACUUUUGAACACUGUAAUGAUGAGCUUUUGUUGAAUUCAGUGCAGUGGGGUGUUAAAGAAACCAAGAUGACCUGGUUUUCCGAAUAAUGGGAGUCAAAAGUAAAGAAUAUGCUGAUGGAUUAAUAUACACUUUUAGCAUAUUAUACAGCCAUCUGAGGAUCGCUGCUUGUUGUAAUACUGAAAGACUUCACUAUGCAAAGCCUAUCAUAUUGCUUUUAGUAUAAACCACAAGUUUUGUGAUAACCAUAUUUUUGUAAUUGAGCCACUUUUUGUACUAUAAACUGCUUUUCACUGAUUCACUGUAUGUUGAUAACAGACCAAAAUAAACCCUAUUUGUUUAGUA